AAUACCAAUGCCCACCGAUGCGGUCAAUGCGAAGCUAAACCCUUUCCCUUCCCUUUCAAGCCCUAGAAACUACCAUCUUUCCCUCCGAGGGCUGACCAGAAGGGGAAGAUGAUCAUCCCAGUGCGUUGCUUCACCUGCGGAAAGGUGAUUGGAAACAAAUGGGAUCAUUACCUCGAUCUUCUGCAGGCGGACUAUUCAGAAGGGGAUGCGCUUGAUGCCCUGGGCUUGGUUCGCUACUGCUGUAGGCGAAUGCUCAUGACUCAUGUUGACCUUAUUGAGAAGCUUCUUAAUUACAAUACUCUGGAUAAGUCUGAUCCCAGUUAGGCGGGGGACAAGUUUGCUGCUUAUUCAGUCCAGCAGUGAUUCAUGUUUUUACCGUGUUCGCGUCCAGUUAAGAGAGAAAAGAACUAUGGAAAGAAUAAUUACAGGACCAGAGUUCAGCUAAUGUCUUGGAGUUCGGUUAUUUAAUCUUCUAUUCUAUGUGUUUAUUAGUUUUUAGGAGUUAUUUAUCAGUUGAGUUGGUUAGAAAAAACGGAUGUAGUCUGUCUAUAUCUGCAUUAUUGCAUCUACAAUCCUAUUAAUACAACUAUCAGCUGUUUUUGCUA